ACGUGGAAUGAGGGCGGCGCCUACGCACAGGUGAACACCACACAGGUGCACGGUGUGGGGAAAUGUGCGUCCUGAAAAACAAGUUUAGCAGUUCGGCGCCGUUACUCCGGCUCUCGUGUCCCGUCUCUGCUCCGGCAUGGCCCACAGCUGCCUGGGGAACUGCGCACCGUUAUUUUUCCUCGCCGUGGCUUUUGACGGCGCCGGUCUCGUUGUGCUCCUCGUCGGGAUUUUCGGCAACCUGAACGUGGACGGACGAUUCUAUGGGGAUUUCCUCAUCUUCACGGGCUCGAUCAUCAUUUUCCUCAGCUUGGUGUGGUGGGUUCUGUGGUACACGGGGAACGUGGGGCUGUACGCGGACGACAGGGCGAACUCCCUGGACCUCAACUUUACGCACUGGGCCAGGAAGCUGUCCGAGAGGUUCUCCAUGAGCAGCGUGAAAUCCCUGGAGGCGGGGGAGAAGAAGAAGAGCAUGGGUAACGGGAAGGAGGUGAACGGGACUGCGUGCGUCCCGGUGCAGUCUCGCAUUACGUGGGAAGACGGCGGUGACGGCCGCGCAACUUGGUCGGGUCAAGACAACAGAGGGUUUGAUGCCGGGAGCGAGUGCUUGUCUCCAACUGACAAAAACCUGGAGUUGGGGGUGUUGAAGAGCUCAGAUGUGACUCUGCAGGCAGGAGGUGAUAAAGUAGAGAGGCUACUGUGACAAGAAACGGUGAUGUCUGGGCUUCCCGGCCCCUCGAAAGAUGGACUCCCACUUUGGCUGCUUUUCAAAAACUGCAACAGACUGAAAAACCGGAGCUAAUGAACUAAAGUCACUUUUUUUUUUGACAUAAAUAGUGAAGACUGUUUCUUAAUCAGGGAAAAGCCCUGCAUCCACAGUAGGCACAAGGGCUGUGCACAGAGAAAGAAAAUGUCUUCAACAUGUACAUAGCAAAUUUCUAUUUUUACGUGCGGAUAUUCUUGCAGAUGUAAAUUAUUAUUAUUUUUUGUGGAAAUAAAGUUUUAAUUGGA